AUGGACCAAAAUGACAAAUCGGAUCUUCUAUACCAGCGAAUGGGCGAGGCCCCUUCGUCUAAGCUUUUCAGCCAGGAGGAGCUCCAGCAGUUGAUGAAUGAGCAAGACUUGGUGAAGAUUUUGGGCAUGACCCAGAGUCUCAUAAACCGCAAGAUGAUGAAAUUGGUGAAAGUUGGCGAGGAGUUGCGGUUUCAGGUGAUCCAGGCGUCCGAAACAAGGAAACUCACCUCCAUGAAUGACGACGAGCAGUUGAUCUACUCCUACAUCGAAGCUUCAGGAAGAGAAGGAAUAUGGACCAAGACGUUGAAAGCCAAGACAAACAUGCAUCAGCACGUGGUGAUGCGGUGCUUGAAGCAGUUGGAGGGCCAGCGAUACAUCAAACUGAUCAAGUCUGUCAAACACCCGACCCGGAAAAUCUACAUGCUCUACAAUCUCCAGCCUUCCAUCGAUGUCACGGGAGGCCCUUGGUUUACCGAUAGUGAGCUCGAUACAGAAUUCAUAGACUCGCUCUUGACUGUUGUUUGGCGUUUUAUUGCGCUGAAGACUUUUCCGGCAGCAUUUCAAGACCCUACACCCAACACCAAUAUCUUGCAGAGUGUAUAUCCUGCAACACAUACAGGCUUCGCCACGUUGGAGUCCAUCAUGGAGUUUCUAACCGAGCACAAAAUUACAAACAUCGACUUGGCCAUCAACGACAUCCGAUCGUUGUGCGAGGUGUUGAUAUUCGAGGACAAAGUGGAGUUGGUUAAAGACACCACUGACGUAUACAAGGUAUCGUGGCAGAGUGUCUUGGACGCAGGUUAUGGCCGGCAAUAUAACGAGCUGCACUUGUUGAACGACUUGCAAAAAAAUUUCAUUGACACAAUGAAAAAUCACCAGCAGUUUAGCGUCUUUGACCAUUACGCAGUGAUUAAUGACGAGGUUGACGAAGAGGAUACAGUAUACUUGGAUGCAUGGGCAAGAGAGUGA